AUGGCUUCCUGCUGUCCUGGGGACCCCAGCCGGGCAGGUCUGUCCCCUCGCCCUGUAGCCACUCCAGGUGAGACCGCAGGUGCCGCCGCGCCCCCGGGGCCCGCGUUCCCGGACAUCUACGGCGGGGACGCGCAGCUCUGGGAGGCGCACUUCCGCGGCAUCGGGCGCGCCUACCGCGCGCUGGGCAAGGAGGACGACUUCGCCAUCCGCGUGCUCACCGAGGACUUCACGCUGCCCUUCCCGUUCGCCUGGCCGCCGGGCCCCGAGCCGGCCCGCGGGCCUCUCUUCUACGACCCGCGCGACCGCACGGGCUUCGACUUCCUGCUGCGGGGCCCGGGCGCGCCGCCCCCCGCGCUGCUGCGGCCCCUGCACCACACGGCGCAGGCGGCCGUGCGCAAGCGGCGCCUGGAGCAGCUGGCGCUCAGCUACGCGACGCGGGCGCCGGCCCCGCGCCCGGCCUCGUGCUGCUCGCGCCCGCGCCCGCCGCCCGCCGCGCCGGCCCGGGGCCCGCGGGGCCCGACGCCACCUCCCCGGGCGCGGGCGCCCCCAGGCUGGGCUAGCCCGGCCCCCGGAAAAUGA